UUACAGGUGAAACUAUGGUGGAAAAAGAAGCUGAGGAGUGUGAAACUCGGACUGAAAACACUGAAAAUGUAAAGACGGGAGUGAGCAUAACAUCUAUAAUAGUAAUGAUCGUGACAGUGAUUAUCUGCUGCAGCAAUGUUCUGCUCCUGGAGAAGAUCGUAAAGGAAGCUCCAAACUGCACAGCUUUCGUAACAUUCUCCGCGUACGUGACCAUUGUACUGCAGACUAUCGUUCUCCAACCCGGACUGCUAACCAACUACACCAUCCCCCUCCACAACUACCUUAUCAUCACCUUCCUCUUCUACACCACCAACCUCUCCAACAACAUGGCUCUCAGCUACGCUGUGGAUAUGCCCACCCUCUUGAUCUUCCGGUCUGGUUCUCUACUCGCUAACAUGGUGGUUUCUAUCAUUGCUUUCAGGAGAUCUUAUUCCUUGAGCAAGUACAUUUCUGUGGUGAUGGUAACUGCAGGUAUCAUAGUUGCAACUCUGGCAAGUGCUGAUUUGAAGAAGAACUCAGCUGAUGACGCUACGUUCAGUGUUUGGAUGACAGGGAUAACCAUGCUGACCUAUGCUCUCUUUGGUAGUGCUGUUAUGGGUGUUUUUCAGGAAAAGUUGUUCGCUAAAUUUGGUAAGAAAUCAGACGAGGUGCUGUUUUUCUCCCAUAUCCUAGGGUUACCCGCUUUUAUCUUCAACUACAGCGAUCUAGCUCAGACCAUUGUCGAUUUCAAUAACUCUGACCCAGUCUCGAUCCUUGGAGUCAGCUUUCCGUUUCUUUGGUGUUGUAUUGCUGUCAAUGUUGUCCUCCAAAGUGUGGGUAUAAAAGGUAUCUUCUACUUGCUGAGUGAGUGGAGUUCUCUUUCGGUUACCAUGGUCACGACCCUCCGCAAGUUUAUUUCCUUACUCCUUUCAAUAUUUCUUUUCCAGAAUCCAUUUACUUUGGUUCACUGGAUUGGAACUACUCUGGUUUUUUCUGGAUCCGCUUUGUUCUCCGGAAUUAUUCCUCUGCCAGGAGGUAAAGAGAAGAAACAGUAGAAGAGUCGAGAAUAUUCAAAAGAUAUUAUAAAGUAAUGACGUGGCGUUUAUCUGGGACUUAAUAUUAUAUAUUAUUUUUCACUUUUUGAAUCAAUCUAUAUGUUUUAAUUCUUAGUCCUUCUAAUUAAAUUUAAAUAUGUUACUAUACCGAAAAUCAUUCAGAGUUUUCUAUCUUAUUUAACUUUUAUAUUUCUUAAUUGCUUAAGAGAAGCAAACUUUCUUGUAUGCAUAAAUGAUUUAUUGUAUGUCUUAGUCCAUAAUUUCAAUUUCAUUUGUUAAUAUUUUGAACCUUUUAAUGCUCAUUUCUUAAAAUUUUUUCGUGUUUAGUUUAAUGUUCCGUUGAGCCAAAAUAAAGGGUAUUUGGGAGUUAUCUUGAUGUCAAAAAUAUUAGGGUGUUUAUUAAUUGAAAAUGCAUUCAGUCUUAAUUCAAUUUUCUAUUGUUUAAAA